CGCCCAUCCAUUUGGUCACGUGAUUUCAACACGCCUGCUAGCUCUUUCGCGGCUUCAAGAUGUCGGUAAAGUACGAAAAGGACGGCGAGAAUAAAGGAGAGAGCUACCGUGUUGCGGUGCAAACCGAAGUUCCUGGUGAUGGCAGGAAGGCGGAUGGCACCUCCAGCAAUAAGAAGGCCAAGAAGGCCAAGAAGAACAAGAAGAAGGAUCUUAGUGAGCUGAAGAAAGAGUUGGAGUUGGACGAUCAUAAAAUUAGUGUGGAUGAACUGUAUGCCAGGCUUGGCACUCAUAUUGACACUGGUCUAACAAAAGCUCGUGCAGCGGAGAUUCUUGCUCGAGAUGGGCCCAACUCCCUCACGCCUCCCAAGACCACCCCAGAAUGGAUCAAAUUCUGUAAGCAGAUGUUUGGUGGAUUUGCUACCCUACUGUGGAUCGGCUCUAUCCUGUGCUUCUUUGCAUUUGGAAUUGAGGCUGCCAGCAUAGAUGAACCUAACAUGGACAACUUGUACCUGGGUAUUGUAUUAGCUGCUGUUGUCAUCAUCACAGGCUGCUUCUCUUAUUACCAAGAAGCCAAGAGUUCAAAGAUCAUGGAGAGCUUCAAGCACAUGGUGCCUCAGGAGGCUCUAGUAUUCCGUGAUGGUGCCUGGUCAUCAUUGAACGCAGUUGAAGUUGUAGUUGGUGACAUAGUUGAGGUCCGUGGUGGAGACAGGAUACCAGCAGACAUCAGGGUCCUAGAAGCAAGAAGUUUCAAGGUCGAUAACUCUUCCCUAACUGGAGAAUCCGAACCUCAGAGUCGCUCACCAGAAUUUACUCAUGAAAAUCCUUUAGAGACCAGAAAUAUUGCUUUCUUCUCAACCAACGCUGUGGAAGGUACAGCACGUGGUGUGGUGAUCCAAUGUGGUGACAACACUGUGAUGGGUCGCAUUGCUAACCUGGCUUCUGGAUUGGACACUGGAAAGACUCCUAUUGCUCGUGAGCUGGAGCAUUUCAUUCAUAUCAUCACCUCUGUGGCUGUAUUCCUGGGUGUAACCUUCUUCUUUCUCUCCUUCCUGCUGGGAUAUGUCUUCAUUGAGGCUGUUAUCUUCCUCAUUGGUAUCAUUGUUGCUAACGUCCCUGAAGGCCUCCUGGCUACUGUCACUGUAUGCCUAACCCUGACUGCCAAACGUAUGGCUAGUAAGAACUGCUUGGUCAAGAACUUGGAAGCUGUGGAAACCCUUGGCAGCACCUCCACCAUCUGCUCCGAUAAGACCGGUACCCUUACCCAGAACAGAAUGACCGUCGCUCACAUGUGGUUUGACAACUCUAUUGUGGAAGCAGACACUACUGAGGAUCAAUCAGAAAUUCUUUUAAAAUUUUUGUCCACAGGAGAAUCUUUGGACAAAACUUCUCCCGGCUGGAACGCACUCUCCCGUAUUGCUUGCCUGUGCAACAGGUCAGAGUUCAAGGCUGGUCAAGAUGAAGUACCAAUCCUCAAAAGGGAAACCACUGGUGAUGCAUCAGAGUCUGCUUUGGUUAAGUGUGUGGAGCUUUCCAUGGGAAGUGUGCAACAAUUCCGUCAGAAAAACAAGAAGAUGGCUGAGAUCCCAUUCAACUCUACCAACAAAUAUCAGGUAUCCGUGCAUGAGUGCGAUGGAGAUGAACGCUACCUCCUUGUCAUGAAGGGAGCUCCUGAGCGCAUCUUAGAUCGUUGUACUUCCAUCUUAUUGGAUGGCAAGGAACAGCCACUUGGUGAAGACAUGAAGAUUGCUUUUAAUAAUGCAUAUCUUGAGCUUGGUGGGCUUGGUGAACGUGUACUUGGAUUCUGCCAGUACCUGCUCCCAGAGAAGGAAUUCCCUCGUGGCUUUGUGUUUGAUGCUGAGGAGACCAACUUCCCUCUGGAGGGACUUUGCUUUGUAGGUCUCAUGUCUAUGAUUGAUCCCCCACGUGCAGCUGUACCAGACGCUGUAGGAAAAUGUAGAAGUGCAGGAAUCAAGGUUAUCAUGGUUACUGGUGAUCAUCCAAUCACAGCUAAGGCUAUUGCUAAGGGUGUCGGCAUCAUCUCCGAGGGUAAUGAGACAGUUGAGGACAUUGCUGAGCGUCUUAACAUCGAUGUGGCUCAGGUCAACAAAAGAGAUGCCAAGGCCAUUGUUGUCCAUGGCUCUGAGCUUCGUGACAUCAGUAAUGAGGACCUAGAUGACAUCCUGAACAACCACACUGAGAUUGUGUUUGCCCGUACCUCCCCACAGCAGAAGUUGAUUAUUGUAGAAGGCUGUCAGCGUGGUGGUGCUAUUGUAGCUGUAACUGGUGAUGGUGUGAAUGAUUCCCCUGCUCUCAAGAAAGCUGAUAUCGGUGUUGCCAUGGGUAUUGCUGGAUCUGAUGUCAGUAAACAAGCCGCUGAUAUGAUUCUGCUGGAUGAUAACUUUGCAUCAAUCGUUACUGGUGUUGAAGAAGGUCGUUUGAUUUUUGACAACUUGAAGAAGUCUAUUGCAUACACAUUGACCAGCAACAUCCCUGAGAUCUCUCCCUUCCUGUUCUUCAUCUUGGCUCAGGUUCCUCUUCCACUUGGCACUGUUACCAUUCUCUGCAUUGAUCUGGGAACUGAUCUGGUACCCGCUAUUUCCCUCGCCUAUGAAGAAGCUGAAAGUGACAUCAUGAAGCGACAGCCACGUGACCCAAUCAACGAUAAACUUGUCAAUGAUCGAUUGAUCAGUAUGUCCUAUGGUCAGAUCGGUAUGAUCCAGGCCUCAGCUGGCUUCUUUACCUACUUUGUCAUCAUGGCUGAGAAUGGCUUCCUGCCACAUACUCUAUUCAACCUCCGUCGAGCCUGGGAUAACAGGGGUGUCAAUAACGUUGAGGACUCCUAUGGACAGGAAUGGAGUUACCGGCAGCGCAAGGUGCUUGAAUACACAUGCCACACUGCCUUCUUUGUGAGUAUCGUGAUUGUGCAGUGGGCAGAUAUCAUCAUCUGUAAGACUAGACGUAACUCCCUCAUCCACCAGGGAAUGAAUAACUGGGUGCUCAACUUUGGUCUGGUAUUCGAGACGGCUCUUGCUGCAUUCCUUUCCUACACACCAGGUCUGGAGAACGGCCUGCGCAUGUACCCACUCAGGAUUGGAUGGUGGUUUGUCGCCUUCCCUUUCAGUAUUCUUAUCUUUGUGUAUGAUGAGUGUCGUCGGUUCAUCCUCCGUCGUAACCCAGGAGGCUGGGUCGAGAAGGAAACAUACUAUUAAUGUAUCACCAAAAGACGCCUAGUUGGGCGUAAGUGAGUUGGGACUGGGGUAAGAGGUUGUUGACACCCAGUUUCAAAUCAAUCAAUUUACUUAAAAGGUCCCUUUGCCUGUUGAACCUACAUUUGCGUGUUCCCCUCAAGGUUAAGUGAUGGACUAGUGAAAUAAAGAUGGUUACUUGAGGCUCUUUAUAGCGUGAUCAAAGGAACAUGAAGUUGGAAGUUAAGAAGUCGGGAAACAUGUCAAUGUAGAUAUCAAACAAUGUCAUCUAAAGUCCAUCUAUUUGGAAGGGGUUACCGUUAAGUUUGCUCAACCUAGUCGAGGCUAGGCUGUCUUAAGAGAGAUAGGUAUGAACAUUACUGCAAAGGAGGGACUUACUUAGGAAUUCUCUAAUAAAUGAAUUUGUAGGAAAAUUUAAAAAAAGGAGUGUGGCUGCUGUGUAAAGCAGUUGAUAAUUUUUAGACGUAUUGAUACAUUUUUGGGGCUGUCAAAAGCCUAGUUUUUAAUUUAGGACUGAAUGCAAAGUGUGUAUAAAUUAUAUGUGGAGAAACGUAUUGGAACACAAAAGUAAAACACCAUUUAAAUGUAUUCUCAUAAAAUCCCAAGACCAAUGAUUAGGGAUCACUUGUAGUGUUGAUCCAACAUUCAGAUUAGAUUAUGCUUGGUGAGGCAGGAAUGGGCGAGGCCAGAAAGGGCGGGGCCAGAAAGGGCGGGGCCAGAAAGGAUGAAAGGGGACGCGAGGACAACAUUUGAUAUAAGCUGUAGUUAAAAAAUAUAUAUAAAAAAAACAAACACAAAAACAAAAGAUUUUAUAAUAUCCUAUAUCUACACAUCAAGUUAUAUUCAUGUUCAUGUGUUUAACCAGGCACUUUAGUAAUAUGAGGGUAUCUAGUUAAUUUGCUAUUAAAGAUAAGCCAACAUUUUUUGAUAUAACAUUCCUAGUUAAGAUAUGUGCAAAUCAAAUCAAAUGAAAAAAAAGGGUGGGGGGAACACAUCCCAAGAUACAUCCAUGAUUAUUGUACAUUGAAACAAUGCCAUGUAUAAUUAUACACUUACAAUAAAGUCUUAUCAAAAGCAUUUGAAUUCUUAAGAGGUUUAAUGCAAGUAUCAGUAUUACUUCACAGUGUCAACAUUGCCAACCAAUUUUACAUAUUUACUUGUUGGACUAACUUUAGCUCUGUCUAAAAAAUUCAAAAAGAACAAAUGUUUUCAUUAAGAUGGGAUCUGCCACAAUCUAAGAGGGAAAAGGGACAUGACAAUAAGUGCUUCUCUGAUGUCGCAGAUAUAGAUUUGGAUCAGUGCAGAGCUUUGACCAACUAUGACAUCUUGUUUUAAUGUACAAUAAUCAAUUCCAACAAACUAUUAAUGUAUGCAAAUCUUGAAAUAUUCUGUUGAUGUAACCAAGUUGUUUGCAUAUCUUGUUAUUGUCUACUGCAUGUAGAGCCGACCCUAUCAAGCUAAGUAGGUGUGUUAUACAAGAAGUAGUAGUUGUACAAAACUUCAACUCGCGCUCCUACAAAACUGCCAAGUCUUUUAUUGCAUCUGCCUGUUGCCCUAUUUCAUAAAGCUGCUAAAACACAGACUUGCAAAGCGUAGAACAUUUUGCGCAAGUCACCAGUCAUAACGUGGUUGUCACUGCCUCUGAUUAAAGAAAAAUGAAGUUGUUAUUCUGAGUUCAUGAAACUGAUUGGCAGAAAACACCUUUUCUCGCUUAUUUUGGUUUGAUGCUCUUAUUUUAAUCUUCAUGCUGAGUGUAGUUGCAAAAAUAUUAUAAAACCCAAUCCAAGUCUAGAGAAGAAUGAAGUAUUUUUGUCUCCAACAAAUUAUGACUUGGUGCAUUGGUGCAUUUUCGUUUGCUUCCUGCACUGGUAACCCUGAUGGCCAACCCUAUGCGUUUCACUUCACUUCGCUGGUAGUUUGCAUAGAUUAAUAGAUAUGUAAAUGCUUUGAAUCUUGACUGCUUGUCAACUCUUUCAGGAUUUAUGUUUUCUUGUGUUGUACUUCGUUUUUAAACAUUUCCUUGUUUUUUCCUCCUUUCUUUUCAGUUCCUUUUUUUAUUUUAAUUCUAACCAUUUGAGUGAUUGUUGAUAUUGUAUUGCAAUAUGCUUGUUCGUUAUUGUACGUUUUGAUAAAAAAUAAUAAUUACAUAAGGUUAUCAGAUGUUAUAUAUUCAUAUAGACAUGACAUAAAUUAAUGUACAUUGCAGUUAGUAAGUAGGGAGAGUUUUUGGUUAGCUUUUACAGUUGUUAACAUUGCAUACCCUGGAGAGUAUUGUGCGACAUUUGUCCCUGUAUAUUAAGACAGACAGUUCGAGGACUUGUUUUUAUCAUAAAAAAAUUGAUGUAUUUAGGCAGCCAAUCACCAGCAGUCUUACACACACUAUUUACCAAAGCAUUACGGCUAUAAACCAACAAAUGUAAAGUAUUUUCUCUAGCGGCAUAUUAGGGAUUGUCAACUAAUGUACAUAACAUGUAUUUGAACUGAACUGGAUGAGGUUGGGCACCAGACUCGCUACAUAAAUCCAUAUAUUUUCUAACAACAGGAUUAUCUGAACAUAUGAACACUGCGUUAGGGCAGCCAUUUUGUUUUCCUUCAUUCAACUACAUACUGCUAGACUGAGGCUGGAAGUGUGGAGUAUUCUAGUCACUUAAAUUAUGGAUAUGGAGCCUAUAGCCAUGGCAAAACGUAAAACUCACAAAACAUUGAUGGAUGACAGGUAUGCUCAGUAUUACUAUUAACUUUCCUUGCUUUCUUUGUAAUUAAUUGUGUUUUCUUUUUGUGAGUUUAAGACAGUUUGGAUUUGCACUGAAUUAUUUUAAACGGUAGGAACGUUUUCUUUUCGAUACUUGUCGUUAAUAAUCAUAGCAACAUUUGGAGACUUAACAUGGACUACAACUGUUUAGUAACAAGAGAGAGAAAGAGAGAAAGUUUGAUAUUUUGCACUGUUGGUUGUUCUGGUCAUCGACGUUUAAUAUCAAGUAUGAAGAAAAAGACAGGGAAGUACAUUUACUCCGAUUAAAACUUUGAUUAAAUUGGUUUGGUCAUGGCCAGCUACAUUACCUUGCAUUAUUUAUGUAAAUUAGUGUAAAUGCCAUUCCACAAUUUUGCAGGUCGAGACUGUCCUUGCUCUAUAAUAUCUAUUAACUGUUAGGACCAUGUACCAUGUUGCAUUCGGACAUACUACUCUUUCUGUAGGUAAUUGCACAUAAAGAUUCACCAAGUCAUAGCAAGGGACUUGGUUACCAGCCAUACAAGAUGUGCGUUUGUAACUCUAAAAAGUAGAAGAUUGGUGUUUGACGGUGUUUAUACAAAGUGGACUCUGCAUCACGUACAUUAGAAUAUAACUUUACAUGUAUUGCCUUGCAUUUCUUUUCCUUCUCUCCCAUUGGUUGCUAUUAAGUGAUUUGUUUUGUAGUGUCCAAUUAUAGUCAACCUUACAUCAUGACAACCUCAGGUGAACUUAAUAAGUAUCUAAAUAUAAAAAGAAGUAAUCCACACAUUUUGCAUUUUUUGGAAACUUUGUUCAUGGGAAACAACUGCAAACUGCUGUUGAGAAAUGCACAUAAAACAAAAAAGGUUGAAAUCUAAAUCUGUUUAAAGUUAGUUGCAUGUAAUAUUUUCUUAAUCUAUGCAGUUGACGUAUAAAUUAGUAGGACACUAUCUUAAGCAAUACAGGGGGUAUUGUUUGAAGCAGUGCUGAAGUUAACCAUGUUUCCCGUAUGUAAAGAAUGGGGUUUACUAUGUAUCAGUAUCAAACUUCCGUUUAUUUAAAACAAAUUAGUAAAUGAUUGUAUGUUUAAAUUUAAGCUUGACUUAUUUUAGUUUUUAUAUUGAGUUAUAAAUUACGUGUCCGAUUUCACUUUAAAGGUCUACUGAUUGUGUGGUACCUUACAUUCACUAUGAAUUGUUUGGUUGAGGGAUUGAUUUACAGACCAAAAUAGAGAAUCUAAAGUUGUGCAAAACAUUGGCCAAACUUUGACCGGUUACCAUAGUUACACAAUGGUUACCAGUCAAGUAGAAGUUGACUUGCGCAAUCUUUGGGUCAUUGCAAAUCUGUCCUUUUCUAAGGAAUGGUAAUGGACCACAAUGUUACUAUACCAAUAAGUGUAUUAUUGUAUUUUAGCUAAUCACCGGGUAUAUUUUGUGUUUUUUGGUAAUAGUUUGAUAAAGUGAUUUUGUUUUCAGUCUCAAACAAUUUGGAGUAGUUCCUCUUGUAGCUCUGGUAUUUUUAACUUGUAGUUUGACUGUUAAAGAUCUUUUAAUUAGCAGCACAUUUUGAUGGUUGCUUGUUAGUUUGGGGGGAGGGGGUGGCAAACCUGCUGGACACAUUGUCGAUUAAGUGUGUGAGUAUGAAUGAUUCUACUAUCUUUGCGCAUGUUUGCAUCCCCUAUGGUUCAAACAACACCAAUUGGUUAUUCCUUUAGUCCCAUAGAGGGGUUGCGUCAAAUGUAUUCAGCAUGUGCACAAAAUUACUGGAAACCCCUUCUGUGUUGUGGUAUAUCCCAUUUGAUAUUCACCUACAGGUUGUUAAUAUUGUAUUACAUAACGAACCCACAAUGUGCAGUUAAUCUGUUCCAUGGUUUUGUGGUAGGUCUUAAUUUUAAUUGACCCCUCUAAGGCAGUGUAGCCUCCCUGUGUUGUGAAUAUGAAUCUUUAAUACAUGGGAGGUUCCAUUGUCUUUGAAGGGAUUCAGUAUAUGGAAGCUGCAGCUUCAUACAAUAAUAAAAUUGUCCUUUGUGAGUUUAACAAAUAAAAAACCAGUUUCCACCUUAA